AUGACCGACUCCCCCGACAGAAGGCAAACAUCCUACACAAGUAGAUCUGCGCCCUACCCAAAUGCCCCCAGGAAUAAAUCGGUAGCCUGUCGAAGAUGUCACGCCCGCAAAGUGAAGUGCCCUGGCGGACAGCCUUGUGCGACUUGCGUCCAGUCGGACUGCAUUGCCGAAUGCACAUACCCCAAACGCGACCGUCAAGUCAGAGUGAACCAAAGUUACAUUGAUGAGCUUCUCGAAGAAAAUCAGCGUUUGCGGGAAAGCAGCCGUAGCAGCGCCGCCAACAACGAAAGCCCUGCUCUUGCUGUAAGCACUGAAGCCGAGACUGAGCCAUCGCGGGGUCCAGCUCAAAGCGACGAAUCCGUUCGGAAUCCUUUGCUUGAGGAUCGGCCGUGGUUCCUGCCGAUGAACAUCGCCGAGAUGCCAUUUCACAUCGGAGAGGCCGCUGAUGCGGCGUUUGCGACGCGGUUCCGCCAAGCUCUUUCGGACAGACCGCACGCCCAUAUUCCACGUGAUCAUUAUGUGACCGACGAGGGCCUAAUGGCACUGUCUGAUUCUAAUUGUCCAUGGCCGAGCCCAGCACAAGCUCGCUUCUUGAUGAAGGCGGCACUCAGUGCUCUAAAAAGAUUCUAUCACAUCGUUCGCAAGACUGUCGUUCUGGAUACUUUAGAAAAAGUAGUCCACGACCCUUCUGCCCUGGCUUCUGAUACUCUUGUCACUUGCAAGUUGUGGGCCCUCUUUGCGAUAGGAGAAGCUUACUCAUCUCGAACCGCUUACACAGGAAGUUCUUUCCCUGGUCUUGUUUAUUUUGCACAAGCCAGCAAGAUGCUCCGAGCGCUGAGCGAACGACCAAGGAUAGACUCCAUCGAAAUCAUGUUACUACUUUCGUUAUACUCGUCUACAGUGAACAGGCGCCAUUCCGCUCACUACCUUGCAAGCUGUGCGAUCCGUCUCGGUAUCCUAUUAGGCCUGCAUCUUACUGUACCGGAGUUCCAACUGAGAGAUCGAGGGACAAGAGAGCACAGGACGCGAGUCUGGUGGACUGCUUACAUUUUCGAUAGAAUGUGGGCAUCAAAGCUUGGCCAGCCGGUAUCUGUGCAAGAUGAGGACAUCGAACUUGAUUUCCCAUCCAGCGACGGGCUCUCUGAGGCCCAAGCUGUUGACUUUGCAAAUCCAGACUACACUGUUGUCAGCAUCAAGUUAGCCAAACUCGCGGGACAUAUCGUCACUUCUAUCUACGGGAGAAGGGCGCAGCAAGAAGCAUUCUCUCAACGUGUACAACGGAUAUUGCGAGAUCUUCGCACUUGGGUGGAAGAGUUGCCGGAGCAUUUGCAGCUGGAUGCGGAUGAACAAGUGACCCGCAAGUCUCUCGUACCACUGCACCUUACUUUCAACCAGUGUGUUAUACUUGCCACAAGGCCGGUACUUCUACAAGUGCUACGCACAUACCGGGAGUCUUGGAAGGCAUCCACAAGUGACUCCAAACCGCAGAUUCCUGACACUGCUUUGGCAUUAGCUGAAGCCUGUAUCCGGUGCGCACGGCACUCGUAUCGUCUCAUAGCCGAUGUCUGGGUCGACGGCUCCUUCGUUACGUUUGACUACUUCAACACGCAGUACCUGUUCUCUGCGGCCACGAUCCUUGCCAUUUCCAGUCUCCUCAAAGGAAAAGACUCGCAGAACGACGGCGACCAUUUCGAAACGGCCGCAAAGUUUCUCAGCCAACUGAGCCAAAACGGAAGCAUGGGCGCCAGAGAGUUUUGCCGGCAUAUCGAGGCAAUGAAGGUCAGUUUGCAAGAGACGAACCGGAGGAGAGACGGAGGCUCCAGCGACUCGGUCUCGUUCGAAUCUCUAACAGCGCCUGGAAUGCCCAAUGAUUUGCAAGUUCCCGGCGCCCCUCCCACGGUGGGACCGCUGUUAACGGCAGGGAUGGCAUUAGCGGAGCCAUCCUUGCAGGAGUUCCUUUCUCAUCCGGAUCUGGAUCUUCGGUUCAUUGAUACGCCGAGCUGGGACGACAAUCUGCAAAGCCUGUAUUGGCCGGCCCUUCAUAACGACGAGUGGAUGGCUGGAUAACUUUUGAAUUCUAAAACAUUAAACUACCGCAUCUAGCUUUGGUGCCGUCUCUUCUUCUUCUGAGAGCUGUGGCUUUUCGGGCUCCGGCUUCCGUUUUAUCCGCACAUCCACCCAGUCCUGCAUCCUCAUUCCGUAUUUCGCCGUCGUCAUCGUUAGGACGCCGCCUAUGAGCACGAAAACCGCACCUGCAAGCUAUUAGAAUCUCAUCGCAACGUCAACAUCGAUGAAGUUCUUACUUAUAGUACACGUUGGUCCUACGCCGAUCGCGUCGAUCAUGGGAACGGAUGCGCCACUUGUUACGGCACUAAACGUGUACUGAACGCAAUACUUGGCAGCAACGACUUGGGCACGUUUGCGCGGCAUUGCUUCUAAAAUGGCAUGUCAGCAAUGGUUAGGGACUGAAGCAUUGAACAGCAAACUUACCGGCGCAGUAAGUGUUCAGGCUGGCAAAGGCGGCCAUGAGUCCUCCAGCAGUGAAAAACGCCAUGAUGACAGGC